AUUUCAAACACACAAUACUUUCUUCACCCUAAGUUCAUUUACGUCACUACAUCCUCAGGGAAUAUGGCUUCAUGCAAUCAAAUUAUCUUCUUCACUUCCCUCAUUGUAUUUGGUAUUCUAUUCAUGAGGAAUAAUGUUGAAAAAGUUGAGGCUGCAGACAUCUUCUGCACACAAGAAUGCAACCCUGAAGCGUUGUAUAUGCUAUGCCCACAAAAUAACACAAAGAUUUACAAUAUUUGCAAAAAUUGUUGCCAGGCUGGACUCCUAAGUUGUCAUCUAUAUCGUGAUGAUGAUAGUCUUAUAUGUUAAUCUCUCAAGACUACGGCUUAUGUUAUUCCACAUUUUGUCAUUAUUUCACAAUAAUGACUUCCUUAAUUGCUUUAUCAAAUAAAGCAUAUAAAGGCUGACUAUUUGUUGAUGGAUUGCUAUUUCACAAUUGUUCCUAAUUUUCAAAUAUCACUAAUGCA